UUAAACAGCAGAGAUAAACAGAAAGAACUACAAGAAAAAAAAAAGGAAAAAAUGACUCCACUAAGAGCUGGGAGAAGGUUUCCUUCAAUAACGGAAUGCAACGGAUCGACAUACGAAUCGAUCGCCGCCGAUCUCGAUGGCACGCUUUUAAUCUCACGUAGCUCUUUUCCGUAUUUCAUGCUCAUUGCCGUCGAAGCGGGAAGCCUCCUUCGAGGUCUUAUCCUUCUUCUUUCACUGCCUCUUGUCAUUGUAUCUUAUCUCUUCAUUUCCGAAGCUAUUGGUAUACAAAUCCUCAUUUUCAUCUCCUUCGCUGGACUCAAGAUCCGCGACAUCGAGUUGGUCUCCCGCGCUAUUCUUCCCAGAUUUUAUGCUGCGAAUGUGAGGAAGGAAAGUUUCGAAGUAUUUGACAGAUGCAAGAGGAAAGUGGUAGUGACGGCGAAUCCGACGUUCAUGGUGGAGCCGUUUGUGAAGGAUUUUCUUGGUGGAGAUAAGGUUUUAGGCACAGAGAUCGAAGUGAACCCUAAAACAAAGAAGGCCACGGGAUUUGUUAAGAAGCCAGGCGUUUUAGUAAGCGAAUUGAAGAGAUUGGCCAUUCUGAAGGAGUUUGGUGACGAUUCGCCCGAUCUUGGAAUCGGAGACCGUGAAUCUGAUCACGAUUUCAUGUCAAUUUGCAAGGAGGGCUACAUGGUGCACCCUAGCAAAUCAGCAUCACCGGUACCACUUGAUCGCCUGAGAAGCCGCAUCAUCUUCCACGAUGGUCGGUUUGUUCAACGCCCGGACCCACUCAAUGCCUUGAUCACCUACAUUUGGCUGCCAUUCGGCUUCAUCUUGUCCAUCAUUCGCGUCUACUUCAAUCUACCUUUACCCGAGCGCAUCGUACGCUACACAUACGAAAUGUUGGGCAUUCACCUCGUGAUCCGCGGGAAGCGACCGUCGCCGCCGUCUCCGGGUACCCCAGGCAACCUCUACGUCUGUAAUCACCGUUCAGCACUUGAUCCAAUCGUCAUCGCCAUCGCUCUCGGACGUAAAGUUUCGUGUGUCACAUACAGUGUAAGCCGUCUCUCGAGGUUCCUAUCACCAAUCCCAGCCAUCGCUUUAACUCGUGAUCGUGCGGCUGAUGCCGCCCGAAUUUCAGAGCUAUUACAAAAAGGUGAUCUAGUAGUUUGUCCGGAGGGGACCACGUGUCGCGAGCCAUUCCUGUUGCGAUUCAGUGCUUUGUUCGCAGAAAUGAGCGAUAGAAUCGUCCCCGUCGCCGUCAAUUGCAAGCAGAGCAUGUUCUACGGGACGACCGUGAGAGGGGUAAAAUUCUGGGACCCUUACUUUUUCUUCAUGAACCCAAGGCCAACAUACGAGGUCACGUUCCUCGACCGGUUGCCGGAAGAGAUGACGGUGAAGGCCGGAGGAAAAUCGGCUAUCGAGGUGGCGAAUCACGUGCAGAAGGUGUUGGGCGAUGUACUGGGCUUUGAAUGCACGGGAUUGACUAGGAAAGACAAGUAUAUGUUGCUCGGUGGAAAUGAUGGUAAGGUCGAAUCCAUGUACAAUGGCAAGAAAUAAUUUGGGUUUGUCGCAUGCUUCACAGAAUUUCUCAAAACAUUAUGAA